AUGGAACAUCGCCUUGCCGGUGGUCCUCAAGAUCACCCAAACUACAACACCACUGUUACAUCCACCAGAAUGAGUAUGGAUAUGCUAACAUCCGGCUAUGCGCCCGGUACCGAGCCAAUAGCACCACCCCCAAACGCAACAGACGAUCCUGAUCAUUGUGCAGGAUGCGGUGCCUCGACCAGCGGAGCCCGACGUUGGAAGGAAACGCAUUUACAUUCUCAUAAUGAGUGUAAACGGGCUUACCAGGACAACACUUGUAAAUUCACAAAAAUUCCGGCAGCGGAUCCAAACGGCGACAAUAUUGCCUUUGAUGAUUAUGGCGAUUAUGAUGCGUAUGCUGAUAAUGCCCCUUCUGCUGCUGUAUCCUACGAUACGCAACAGUCCGUAUACCCACAAGCGAGUAGUAGCGCACCUCAAGCUGAAAGUUACUACCCAGAAACGACUACUGGUACCGCUCACGGUGGUCAGUACUCCUCGACGACUGGUGGUGCGUCUCAAAAUGAACAAUACUAUCCGGCAAGCAGUAGUGCAUCUCAAGUUCGGGGUCAUACAACUACCUCCCAGUAUAGAGGUGGUACCGGUGGUAGUCGUGGUUAUCGCGGCGCUGGUAAUAACCGAAGAGAUUGA